CUGCUAGUCUGUGAUACAAGCGACUUGCCGUUUCCUGAAACGCCUCCAGUGUCCCCAGCAGCGCGGCUCAGCGCGUUGCGCCAGUGUAAAAGAGCGCAUUUAAACAUGACGGCCGGCACCGAUGUGGGAUCCAUAUAAGAAACCUGUGCGGAACUGAUAACCCCCUGGAAAUGCAGACUGAGACAAUGGAGGAGAAGAAGGAAGACUUCAAAGCCCUGAGAGCAAGGUUUCAUGCCCAAAUGGAGGUAAAUGACUCUGGAGGUCCCAUGCAGGCACUCCAACCUCCAAUUGCUGCAAGACAAGGACCUUCUUUUGGCUCAAGCUCACCUGGAAAUGGGGCCUUCAGGGGCAGCCCCAGAGGCCCUGCAGUGACACUUAACAUGGGUCCACCUCCACCAGGACCCAGAAUGCAAGGAACCCCUAGGAACUUUAGAGAACCCCCACGUUUCCCUCGACAAGAAGCAAUAGAUUCCAGCAGUCCAAGUAAUGACAAACCUCCACUGGGGAUCUUAAUUCCCAAACCUCUUACACCCAUUCGCUCUGCCUCUAGUGACGAUAAAGCACCGGGAGAUUUGCCAGAGGCAGAGUCAUCCGUUAAGCAGAGGGCCAAUGAUCUUCGUCAAAAUCUCAUGCUGAGGCAGCAGUUGAACAGAGGCUCACAAGAAGGCAUCAGAGAGGCCCCCAAGGCGGGGGUCCUCACACCACCCCCCCGCAGCCAGAAAAGCGUGACAGAAUCACCUGCACCACUGAGAAAGGCUCUGCCAUUGGAAAAAAAUCUGGGACCAAGGCCUAUUAAGCCGAAGAGACCUCCUCUUGUCUGCCUGGACAAUUUCAAAAAAAAGAAAAUCCCCCCAAUACCUCAACGCCCAACACCUGGAAAAAUAAAUGUAUCUCAUAAAGCACCACUACCAGGAUUAUCUGCACCCCCAGCAAUGCCUCGCCCAGGACCAAAGCCAAAGCCUGGACCAGUGACUCCUCAACGUUUGAUUAAGCCCUUAUCAGAUGAUCAGGACACGUAUGAUGAUGUUGAAUCUACAGCUCCACGGCAGCCUCCUCCCCCGCUGCCUCCCAAAAUCUCGUCAGAAGAUUCCCUGGCGGAACAAGGAGACGAGGAGAGUGACGGCAGUGAUCUCUACGAGGAGGUGGACAGCAUCGAGACAGUACACAAGCGGCAUGACAAGAGCAGGCAAAUGGAGCUGAAGCGUCAGCAGGAGAUGGACAGGAAGGAUCAGAAAGAUAAGCAAAAAAGGGAGAUGGAGCUCCGCAAGAAGUUCAAGCUCUCUGGUCCUAUAGAGGUGCUCUACACGGCCAAGAUGAGACUGGAUAACCGUGGGGGAAAGUAUGAUCUGACCGUUAAGGCAGGUGACACAGUUGAGAUUGUGAGAGUGAAGAGCAAUCCAGAAGGGAAAUGGCUGGCACGCACCCUGGAUGGCGCAUAUGGCUACAUAGAUAACAAGAGUGUGAACAUUGACUACGAGGAGGUGCGACGUAACAUUCGGAGCCAGGCUCAGCAACUAGAGAAUAGCCCUGGUUGGCAUAAAAAGGAUGAGUUCUACGAUGAUGUGGGUUCAUCUGACCAGAUGAAUAGCAGCCGAAAUACAGACAACGAGGAAGUGUAUGAUGAUGUGGACAUCAUUUCUGAAGAGUUUCCGCCACCCCCACCGGAGCUCAGUUUGGAGCCAAAGAAGAGCAAGAAGGAAGAGAAAGAAGAGAAGGACUUCCGGAAGAAGUUUAAGUUUGAUGGGCCAAUUGAAGUACUCUGUCGUAUGAUGGUGGAUCCCAAUGCCAACAUUAAGAAAGCUUCCGGGAAGGACCUGUCUUUGUCCCGUGGAGAAAUCCUUAGUGUGAUCCUCUUUGUCAAUGAGAAGAAAGCCAUCUGCCGCAACGAGAAGGGCAAAUAUGGUUAUGUGCCUAGGUCUCUUCUUCUACAAGCGGAAGGAGACAUUUAUGAUGAUGUCGAGAGCAGUGAUAUCUACGACAAUGACUGACAACCUGAGCCCCCAUCCUAUGAGUGCUUUUUGGCCAAAGAGUUCAUUUUGCUUUAUUUUUGAAACAUUUAGUGUCUUCUCAUCAUGACAGAUGAGAACACAUGAAACCUGAGAAGCUGCCCUGUACCUCCUCAUUCACCCUGCUGCUCUACCCUGCACCAAGCUUCAUUGUGCAUGUCUGCAUGUUGUUUCAACCAGGAUUAACCUGCUGCCAUAAUGGUGACAAUAAUAAUAAUAAUAAUAAUAAUACAUUUUAUUUAUAUAACGCCUUUCCCAUGCUCAUUUGACUGUGAAUGUAUGUUAAAGAUGUUCACACCUUUGGACAUCUAGUCACACUGUGUCAACAAAAGAUCAUCUUCUUCACCUUCUCCUGGAGACAAGGAGAAGCAAUUCAUUGUGACACGUCUACUAAAGAUAUCCUCCUAGAAUUUUUCAGCCCACAAGAUAGUUAAGUUCUAACAAGGUCAGACUUUGUAGCUGUUUGAAAGGAAAACAAAAAUCCUUUGUGUGAUUUUACAGAAUUUGUGUGUCUGAUAAUUUAUUUUCUUUGACCUAGUACCGUUGUUCACACUAACUCGUAUUUGCCUUGUAUAUACUGUACCCCAAAUAAAAGAAUUCUUGU